GUUAUGACCAGUAAAUCAGGCAAUACAGGAAGGAAGUGUAUUGCAUGAAGCUAAAUUGCGUUACUUCCUGUUACAGUUUUCUCUCUUCUGGUGAAUAUAUAUUUGAACAUAUCCUCAGAUGGUAAGAAUGGAUGGUAGCUUAAGAACAAUGUUGAUCAUUGUUUACUUGGUUGCCGUGGUGAUCUUUAUGGUCCCAUGUCAGAGCAAACAUGAAGACUGCGAUAUUUUUCCUAAGAAUCCAGUCGUGGAAAUGGGAUCAGAUCUGUUUCUAACCUUUGCGAAAUCGAUUGGCAUUCCAUGCUUGACAUACGAUCCUAGAAAGAUAAUCUGGAAACUGAAUGGAAAAAAGAUCCCAGAAGAGCACUAUAGUUUCACGAAUUCAACUGGUGCCAGUGUUGUCAUUAGAAAUGUUUCACACCCUACAGGAGAUGUGUCAUGUAAUUUACGUGUAGCCGGGAAAGACAUUCUUAUUGCAGUUACCGAUGUGAAAGCUGGAUUUCCUCCAGAAAAGCCCCAAAAUAUUUCCUGCAUCCAGUUUUAUAAGAAGAAUGUUGCUUGUAGCUGGGACCCUGGAAGAAAUACCUUCUUGGAAACUGAGUUUAAUGUUACAUACACGUUUGGAUAUGAUUUCAGUGAGAUACUUUUUUAUACAACAAAACAGCACACAUACCAGUUUGAGGAUGGGCAUUUGCAAUUGUAUGCUCCCCUCAACGUAACCGUAAAAGCGGAAAAUGCCUUGGGCGACGCAUUCUCUGAUGUUCUGCACGUAUUUGGAGUUGAUAUAGUGAAACUGGAGCCACCUGUGAUUAGUUUGGAAAAUCCCACCUUGAGGAGCAGCAUUAGAGUAAACUGGAGAAGGCCAAAGGCACCACGUAGUUUAGGAUUGAAUUGUGAAGUCCAGCACCAAGAGACGGGUUCAAACAAAUGGAGUGUGUCUGCUAUCAACAUGAGUCUAAAAAAAGAAGAAUCUUUUGAUAUAACAAAUCUAAAGCCCUUUACCAACUACACUGUGUCAGUUCGCUGUAUUGGAGAUGAAAUGCAAAUCCAUUGGAGCGACUGGAGUCCUAAGAUUACUGCUAUUUCACAUGGAGACGUGCCUUCAGAAAAGCCAGACCUUUGGAGACAAAUAAAUGCUCCAGAUGGAGAAGGAAACAGGAUAGUUCAACUCUUGUGGAAGGCAUUACAAAUAUCCACUUCAAGUAAUGGCAUGUUUUGGUUCAGAGUGCAGUGCAAAUCAAAGAGCAAACCCUGGCAAGACCUGGUUUUUAAUACGACCAGUAUGAAGGCAGCACUGAAUCUCACAAAGGAAGCCUUUGAAAUAAGUGUGGUUGCUUUCAACUCUUUUGGUGACUCUCCCAAGGCCGUACUGGUAGUUCCUGCAGUAGGUGAAAAAGGUCUCCAACAAGUGAAAGAAGUGGAGGCUUUUUCUUAUAAGGAUCUCAUAUGGGUCAAAUGGAAGACCCCUGAUGUGCCAGUAAAUACUUACGUAAUUGACUGGUGCAUGGAUGACGAGACCUGUGAAAUAGACUGGCAAUAUAUUAAUACAACCAGUGUGUCCCUGAGUGGUGCAUUUGGUCCAUGCAAGCGUUAUAACAUUACAGUUUAUGCUCUGUUUGAUGGAAAGCCAGGAUUGCCGGUGACAGUGCAGACAUACCUGAAGGAAGCAGCGCCAGGACCAGUUUCUGAUGUGCAGGCAUUUAAUGUACAACAAACCACAGCAACAAUAAAGUGGAGAGAAAUCCCCAAGAAUGAACGCCACGGAUUCAUCACAAACUACACUAUAUUUUACAAAGAUGACAAAGGACUAGAGUCCUAUGUAACAGUGAACAGCAGUGUCUUGGAGUAUUUGCUAGAUUCUCUGCAGCCCAACACAAAGUACAUUGUUCAUGUAAUGGCUAGUACUAAAGCGGGAGGGACAAACAGCUCUGAAACUUUCUUUACAACGGUCAGAUAUAGUCUCCCUUUUAUUAAAUACACCUCUCUGGCUGCUGGACUGGUUGUCGUCGUGAUCAUCGUUUUAGGAAUUUUUACCUUUACUGCGGUGAAAAAAUAUCUGCUUCCUGAAAUACCAGAUCCUGCACAUAGCAGUAUAAGUAAAAUGUCACUGGAGAAAAUGUUUACGGCCAAUUUAAACAAGUCUAAGCAAGAUGGUGAAAAUUUUGUGUAUAAUUUGAUAAUUGUUGAGAAUGUCUCAGAACCUCCUCUUCAGAGAUCUUCUCUAAUCAGCGCUGAGAGUAAACUCCUCACACCUAUCAACCCUCCAAGAGGACCCAGCCAGGCACAAUUGUCACUAGUCUAUUACGUUUCAGGAGAUGGAUAUCGCAAGCAAAUGUCGGCACAAGAAAUGUUAAACCGGUCACUCUCGAAUCAGCCUCUCCUGUCGGUCUCCUCCACUGAGCUGCAGAGUGAGCCUGGGUCUCCUUCAUACAGCAGAAAUGAAGAGAGUCCCAUGGAGGACAUUUCAGAGAUCAAUGUUUGUGAGGAGACCCCAUCAGUCAGUGCGUACCUGAAGAACUGUGUCAAAGCCAGGGAGCUUGUAGUUCGAGAAAACAAAUUUGAUCUUUGUGAAAAAGGAACAACUCCUGAGCCAAGUGUUACGAGUAAUGCAAAACAAAACAGUGCUGGGCAGGCUUAUGUUACAGUAGACUUGUUUUCACACAAAUUAAGCAAUGCAUGCAAUCAAAGUUCUAUAAUGGAAUGGAAAGAGAAUUUAAAAUAGACAAGGAGAUGCUGGCGAUUAACAGGGUUUGAUGUCUGUUAAUUUAAUUAUCAGAAAUAUAUAUAGUCAGACACAUUAUGGAAACAACACAUGAUUUAGGGGUGGGUAUUGUAUUGCCCAUUUUUCCUCACUCAUACCCCAUACUUAGUAUAUAUCCUGGUAUCUCUGAAUAGAUAAUAGUCUUCUCUUUAAAAUAUGCAAAAUAUUGUCUGUCCCACAAGCAUUAUUAGAUUUUUUUUUUUUUUUAAAUGUGAUGUUCCUUGGAGAGCCACAGUAAAAUGGUGUGGUCUCUCCGCAGUCAGUUGAGGAAUGUUUUGUGAAAAGGACCCAGCUGUAUCAGUGACUUCAGUUUGAAUAGUGAAAGAACCAUAUAAUUAUAAUCAUUAUAAAAAAUAUGAAAAAUGUCAUCAUAAAUAUAUUUUGAUAUUUUAUAGGGCAAGCAAUAACAAUUUGGUUAGUUUCUGUCCAAGUAUGGUAGUACGACUCAGGUAGGAGUCUAUGUUUAUACUUGAUUAUAGAAUGCUUGUAUAAACAGAAUAUUCUGCUUAUCUUGGCAGGAUCCUCCUCAAGUUUAUGAAGGGAGCUUGACGAUACCAGAGAUACAGUACAUUGCACUUAGCUUUAUGCCUCCUCAUACAGAGACAAAUGUAAUGUUACUGCAGAAAGAACAUAGUAGUGUACAAAUGCAUGUCUGAAGACGAGCUAUAGCUUAACCAAAUAUAUCACCUUUAUUCAUUGUAACUACCUUUUAGGCAAAAUAAAUGUAUCGUGGUUUUCAAGAAUUCAUAUAAAAGAUGCUCCACCCAAUAUGUGGUGUUUUUGGUUACAUAGUUAAUCUAAGCGAGUAAAAAACUACAACAAAAAAUGCAUUGAAGCAGGUUUUUCUCCAAAGUUGUUAGGUAACAUUUAAUACAUGGAUUUAAAUGAAAGGACCAAAAUAUUUGUGUCAGAGUUCAUAGUUUAAAAUAGCAUCUUACUGCAAGAGGAACGCCUCAUUUUCCUCUUUCCACUACCAUUGUAAGUGGGGGAUAAAUAUUGCAGGGCAUUUCUAAAGUUCCACUGAGUUUU